AUGGCGAACGACAGGCGUGGGAUGUCGAGCGUUGAGGCGUUUUCCUCGCUCUUGUACGAAUUAAUCGCUAUGAACAAACUGUCUGGAUCGCGUGUAGCGCGCGUGACGGAGAGCGCGACGCAUGCGCUCCAUGAUCCUGACGGCCUGUCCAAGGUCAUGCUCAAAGCCCAUAUGCGUGCACCGCCGCAGAACAAGCUCGUAUCGCUCUACCUAUUCGACGCGAUCGCACGUCAUGCGCAAGACAUUGCGAGAAGGAAUGGCACAGGUAUGCAGACGUCUGAGUCACCUGCCAAGCUGGCUGCGAACGCUGCUGCCUUUUUGCACAUGCUGCAAGAGCCAGCGGCUCAAGUAGGCACCGACUCACUGCACCAUGCGCCUCCGGAACAGCGCGAAAAGGUGCGCAAAGUGAUGGAUAUCUGGGAUCGUGCUGGUACCUUCCACCCCAGGAUUCUGCAGCGGAUUCGCGAGCAAGCUUCGGCACCGCCGAGCGCCCCCACGAAACCGGCCGCGCCUCCGCCUGCACCAUCGGCGGCCAAGUCGCCCCCACCACCACCCACCAGCCUUCCGCCUCAUGUCCUUGCGUUACUUGGACAGGUGCAACAGUCGGGUGCGCUCUCGGCCCCCCAGGAGACCGCUCCUCGUCCUGCUACGAAUGCCCCAUCACCGCCAGUAGUUUCGCCAGCACCAUCAGCGCCUGCGGAGGAUUUAAAAGCGUUUGAUCAGGCUUCCUUUGAUCCUACCAACUCUGAUCAUUGGGCACGUCUGGCACGCCUAUGGAAGAACUCCUACAACUAUGAGCCAUCAGGUCCAGAGCUUAUGAUGGCGCUCAUGUCGGGCAUGCUUUCUUCGGAGGCAGAUCCCCGCUGGGGCGCGAUGCCCCCCAUGCCCGGCAUGCCACCGAUGCCCGGGAUGCCGCCGAUGCCCGGGAUGCCGCCGAUGCCCGGGAUGCCGCCGAUGCCCGGCAUGCCCAUGGCGAGCAAUGAUGCCCCAUCGCCCAAAGACGCAUGA